AUGGCUGCCUCUCUCAUCCGCACUUCUGCCCGCACUGCCCUCCGCGCCGGAGCUUCGGCUACUCCCAAGGCUGCCGGUGUCGCGGGCUUGACUUUUGCCCGCGGCAAGGCUACUCUGCCUGACCUGUCCUACGACUAUGGUGCUCUCGAGCCUUCAAUCAGCGGCAAGAUCAUGGAGCUCCACCACAAGAACCACCACCAGACCUACGUCAACAGCUACAACACUGCCUCUGAGCAGCUCCAGGAGGCCCUGGCUAAGAACGACAUUUCGACCCAGAUUGCUCUCAAGCCUUUGAUCAACUUCCACGGUGGUGGUCACUUGAACCACACCCUCUUCUGGGAGAACUUGGCCCCCAAGAGCGCUGGUGGUGGUGAGCCCCCAUCCGGUGCUCUGGGUAAGGCCAUCAACGACACCUACGGCAGCCUGGAGGACUUCAAGUCCAAGAUGAACGCUGCCCUCGCUGGUAUUCAGGGAAGCGGAUGGGCCUGGCUCGUCAAGGACAAGCAGACCGGUAACAUUGGCAUCAAGACCUACGCCAACCAGGACCCUGUUGUCGGCCAGUUCGAGCCUCUCCUCGGAAUUGACGCCUGGGAGCACGCCUACUACCUCCAAUACCAGAACCGCAAGGCUGAGUACUUCGGCGCCAUCUGGGAUGUCAUCAACUGGAAGGCCGCUGAGAAGCGCUUCUCGUAA